CCUUCAACCUGCUUCCGGUGACAACAUUUAGAAAAGAUGGCGGCCCCCAUGGAAAGUGUGUCCGUGAAGCAGAUUUCUGAGACGAAGGGAAAGGGCUUGAUUGCAAGAAAAUCAUUCAAAAAAGGAGAUGUCAUACUGGAGGAAAAGCCAGUAGUUUGUGCUCAGUUCUCAUGGAAUGAGCUGUACAAUUAUAAAGCUUGUGAGUUCUGCCUGAGAUCGCUAGAGAAGGCUGAAAAAAUGGCACAAAGGCUGACAGGCAACACUGGGGUGUCACUUCCACAUCCAGAGUGCUGCCAAGUUGAUCCUUCAUCAUUUGUCCAGUGUCCUCAAUGUCAAGUGGUUUACUGUAGCCCCGCUUGUCGAGAUGCUGCUUUUAGUCUGUAUCACCAAGUGUUGUGCAUGGGCUCAUCUCGAGAGGACCCUGCUCAUCCUUUGGCUGUACUUGGAGAGACGUGGAGAUCCUUCCACUACCCUCCCGAGACUGCCAGUAUCAUGCUACUUGCCAAGAUGAUUGCUAUGAUCAAACAAGCAAGUGAUAAAGGCUCAGUGCUCUCCAUGUUCUCUGGUUUCAUCAGUCACACUGUCAAUCAACAAGAGCAUAUAGCCCACAAGCUACUUGGAGAAAAGUUCAAGGUUCAGAGAGAAGUGCUGAGGGAACAGCUGGCUGCAAUAUUGUACGAGGAAGCUGCUCAGGAGUGGUUCACUCCUGAAGGGUUUAACUCUCUUGUAGCCUUGAUUGGGACCAAUGGUCAAGGUAUUGGUUCAAGUUCUUUCAGUAGCUGGGUCAAGGCCACAGAGCAGCUGUCUUUGAGUGAGCAAGAUAAAGCGGAGUUGGACAACACUGUUGAUAAACUCUACAAUGACAUGUGGGAAGUAUCUGGCCAGUUUUUGGACUGCGAGGGAUCGGGUUUAUACCAGCUUCAAAGUGCAA